AGAGCCGAACGCUGUUUACUGUAAGCAGCUGAUAGAAGAUUGUGGAAGAAGCUUUUCCCUUUUGAGAUUAUUAUCAAUAAUUUUAUUUCUAAGGUUUGUUUGGCUUUAGGGUUUGAGAAUCGACACUGGAAAGGCUUUCGCAGGCAUGGCUAAUCAUCACCGUUCUCCGAGUGCUUCCUCUAAGAACGGUCUUCCACCUCAAGAACUCCUUGACGAUCUCUGCAGCCGAUUUGUGCUAAAUGUGCCACAGGAAGAUCUUCAGUCAUUUGAAAGGAUCUUGUUUCUUGUGGAGUAUGCACAUUGGUAUUAUGAGGAUAAUUCUGUAGAAAAUAAUCCAUCUCUGAAAUCAUUAAAUCUGAAGGAGUUCACUUCUUUAUUGUUCAAUAGUUGUGAUGUUUUGAAGCCUUAUGUGGCCCAUAUAGACGAUAUUUUCAAGGACUUCACUUCCUACAAGGUUCGAGUACCUGUAACAGGGGCAAUAAUUCUUGAUGAAACGUAUGAAAGGUGCAUACUAGUGAAGGGAUGGAAAGGUUCGAGUUGGAGCUUCCCACGUGGCAAAAAGAGCAAAGAUGAAGAAGAUCAUGCAUGUGCCAUUAGAGAAGUCAUGGAAGAAACAGGUUUUGAUGUUUCAAAACUUCUUAGCAAGGAUGAAUACCUGGAAGUUAUUUUUGGACAACAGAGAGUGAGGCUUUACAUUAUUGCUGGUGUGAAAGAUGACACAUCAUUUGCUCCACUUACCAAAAAGGAAAUCAGUGAAAUUGCAUGGCACCGGCUUGAUGAACUUCAACCAGCAAGUGAUGAAGUGAUAUCUCGUGGGAUCACUGGUCUUAAGCUUUAUAUGGUGGCCCCUUUUCUGGCAUCUUUGAAAUCGUGGAUUUCUUCACACCAACCUGCUAUGGCUCCAAGGCCUGAUUUGCCUCUUAAAGGAAUUUCCGUAUGGAAGGCAAAACACAGUUCUACCGGAAGUAGCUCCAUAGUGGUGGACAGCCAGUCAACAAAACCCGAAUCUGAUUCUCAUAUUAUUGAUGUGGGACCUGGCAGGAGCUUUAGGAAUUUCAAAUUUGAUACUGCCUCAAUUAUACAAGCAAUGGAAGCUUCCUUUUCUUGAAAGUUCAGCAACCAUCCUGUAAAGUUUCCCAUGAUUGAAUCAAUUCCCCCCCCCGUCUCAUUCGUAUGUCAAAGUUAGUAGUAUUCUUUCUCCAUUCUAAUUAGGUUGCUGUACAUGAUGUUUCUCAAGUCGUGUGGUUGAGUAAAAUGUACACUAUGUACAGGAAGUAUUUGUACCUAAAUAGUACUCAGUUAGUGUGCUAUCAUCUGUAGAAGUCCAAUGUAAAAGUUACGUUAUUCCCCACAUCUCAUUGAAACUGAUCUGAACGGUACUUCAUGCCAGUUGUGGAAGUGGUCGAUAGAUAUUACCAUCUCAGGUUUCACGUGAUUCUGUAAAUGUUUUUUAGGUCUUACAAUUAUUAGUUAAGGAAUUAAUAUAUAGUUUUUUUUUUCUUUUUUUGGUUUUAAGUACAUUGACAAUUACAGUAAUAAUAUAUUAGUAAUAUUUUG